GCAUUUACUGAUUGUCUUUAGGUUGUUCCGGACGGUCGAAGCAGUUACUCCGAAAGUUGCAGAUUACCUGUGCUAAAGUUCAAUCAUGGUAUCAAUGGGAUUGCAGAUUCUGGGCAUCGCCCUGUGCGUGUUCGGGUGGCUGGGAGCACUUCUCACCUGCGUCCUUCCCAUGUGGAGAGUGACCGCUUUCAUCGGAAACAACAUCGUGGUGGCGCAGAUCAUCUGGGAAGGUCUUUGGAUGAACUGUAUUGUUCAGAGCACCGGGCAGAUGCAAUGCAAGGUGUACGACUCCCUCUUGGCGCUCUCUCAAGAUCUCCAGGCUUCCAGAGCUCUGACCGUUAUCUCCCUUGUGGUGGGAAUCAUGGGCAUCCUCGUCUCCAUCGCGGGAGGAAAAUGCACCAACUGCAUAGAAAACGAGGCAACUAAGGCCAAGGUCACCAUUAUAUCGGGAAUUAUCUUCAUCCUCGCUGGAGUGACGACCCUGAUCCCAGUCUCCUGGUCAGCGAACACCAUCAUCAAGGAUUUCUACAACCCGCUGGUGACCGACGCCCAGAGGAGAGAACUUGGUGCCUCCUUGUACAUCGGAUGGGGCACGUCGGGUCUGCUUCUCCUCGGAGGAGCUCUGCUCUGCUGCUCUUGCCCCCCAAAAGAUGAUAACGCCUACUCCGCAAAGUAUUCUGCACCAAGGUCUGCUGCGAGCAAGAACUAUGUGUAACUUGGAAAGGAUUAAAAGUGAACAAGAUUCUCGCGCUAAAUUCGCAUUAAAUUUGUGUAUUUUCUACACGGUUUCCUCAUUGAGGAAAUAAGUCAAUUUACUGUAAAGCGUUAAAGUAAUUAGCGAUGUUUUCUUAAUCUAGCCACUGCUGUUAAACCGUAGUUUGAAUUUUCAAUUAACGUUCUUAAUAAGGGGUGAAUUUGAAUCUGCACUUGCGCGCAACGUGACUUCAGGUGCAACGAAUUUUAAGUUAACAAGAAUCUGAUUAUAAAGGAAUUGGUGAAAGAAAUAUAUUUUAAUGGAGUUCAGAUUUUGUAAAAUGCUUAGUAGUGAUGAUAUGUUUUGUUGCAACGAAAAUGUGUUGAUAGUUAAAGAGAGAACUUCCAAAGUGAAAUCCCACUUGAUAUGUACCUGUCCGCAGUGGCGUGUGGAUUGGAAACGCCCGCCGCCAUUUCGUACAGUGAAAAGGUGGAGCUUGGAAGCUGUAAAAUGGGUCUCUUUCCUACCAAAGCAGUUCAACCCUUUGAAAGUGUGUUAAAACUACCUUGUAUUCAUUUUGCAAUCAUGUGAUUGAAGUUAUAGCUUUAUUUUUAAUCUUUUUUUAGAACUACUUGUUAAAGAUUGUAUUAACUUUUUCCUAUGCCUUUUGGACAUUUUCUUGAGUACUUAGGGGACAGUAAACAUUGUAAAUCACAAGGUCCAAAAUAAAAUCCAAAUUACACAUCC